AUGCAGGAUAAUGCUCGUCAUGAGCUUCAUUGGAUCCCUCGCCCUCCUGUCCAGCCACAUGAUGAUACAGACGUUGCCUCCCCUCUCCACAACGCUUCUGAUUCAUCCCCAGGACAGCCCGCGUCGCCCACAGCUGAUGGGCCAGACCCGAAUUCACUUCAUGGGUCGGCCACUUCUCCUGGGCCAGCCUGCUCUCCUCCGCCCUCACCUGAACUUAAUGACACUGCGACUGGGCCUGCCGAUUUGGCCACUUCUUCGCAGCCCAAUUCGGCCUAG